AUGGCCAACAAGACGCUGGAGUUUUUCGCCGUGCCUGCGGCGGAGGUUCUGCUGCCGGGCGAACAGGAUCUUGCGAAGGUGGAGGUGAAGUGCGUCAGUGAGAUGCCUAUCCUCAAAAUCGACGCCCGCCUGAUAGUUGCUGACGACGAGGGCGUGCAACACAAGGCUUUCAACUACGCCUGGGAGAAGCUCCAUCUCCGUGGCUUUCAAGAAGUCUACAACCCACGCGGGGCUCACUAUUCCGUUGUUGAAAUUGAGUUUGAUUUGACGCUUGGCCCAUUGGCAGGCAAUUUCGACCAUGGUGCCUUCAAGUCGGGAGACAAACUGGAGGCCAAGAGGGAUGCGUUUGAGGCGUAUCUGGAAGAACAAGACGAGGACUACUUCGAGCAAUUCGCAGAGAGGGUUUCUCGAGACUCAGGCCAGCCCUACGAUCCCGACCUUCACCCAGGCGAUUGCAUGGCUGAGUACAUGAGUUCACGAGCCCUGCGAAACCGUGGCCAGUACGUGCCUCGACAGGUGUACGUGAAGCAGAAGGCGUGGUUUGGCCUGCACAGUGCGCUGAGGGACAUGCUGAAAGAUUGGACCGUACAGGAGGAGAGAGUCCCCGGCGACCAGCCGGCAGAGCAGGACGAGGGUGAUCCGGGCGCGGAGGCAGAGGAAGCAGAGGAGGAAACUCCCAGAGAGCCCAGGAACAAAUCCGAGCUCUACCAAAUGUUCAACAAGAAGGGGCCCACAAACAUGAUUGCUGGCUUCAUGUCUGACCCUUACCUGCGGCAGGUGGCUCACAUGAUCACGCACAUCUCACAGCCUUUGGAGGAUGCCUAUCACGCAGCUCUGGAGGCAGCGUCGCAAGGCUGGCACGAUCAGGCAGACUUCGCAGCCCGCCGCAGCCUGGGCAGCUUCACUGACACAGUCUAUCAGCUGCUGGCAACGUUGCAGAAGGCACCGUUGCAUGAUGCCCUGGGUAUGACAAAGGCCACCAGGCAGGUGGCGCCUGCAGAGAUGGCGGCUUGGGCGAGCGCAGAGCAGGAACUGCUGCGCACCUGCCACGAAUUUGCAGCAUGCUUGUCUGCCAACGUGUUCUGGUCCAACGCGCACUAUUUCAUGUCCUUGCCUGCUUUCCUAGCCAGCAUCCUCAGCAAGCGACGGGCCGAACGUGAAACAGCAAUGACGCACGCAAGAAGCCUGGUGAGCGCUGUCAUUGACGCCGAGAAGCAUCAGUCGGAGCAUCCUGCUGCGUGGCAAGCCCUGCUGGAUGACCUCGCUUGGCACAAGCAGCAGUUGCCACGUGAGACAAUGGCAUUGUGUCUGCAAAGUGGGUUUGACAGCAACGAUGUCCGCUUGAAGCAGCUGGCCAAGCGGCUCUAUUUGGGGAGCCCCUCGACGAAAGACACCCUCGAAAACACCUUUGCGUUCCUACAUCGCAAGGCUUCAACGCACUCAACGAAUUUCAAGAUGUCAGAUGCCUGCAAGUGGCUGUACAGCAUCGUGUCGCCGUACGCUGAAACCGGCGGCUGCCCUCAGCUUCUUCCAGAGAGGUCAGACUUCGCAACCGUCCUAGGCCCGAAUGGCUUUCCAGACAGGAACUACGCGAAUCGGCACAUGUUCGCCCCGAAGAAAACCCAGUUGCCCAAGCCAACUGUGCUGCACAGGCCCAAGGACAUGAAGAAAAGCAAGUGGCGCAGCAGCGGACCACUUUCACAACAACGCUCGUCCGCUGCAGCCGCGUACCUCAUUGCGGACAAAGCUGACACGUGGUCCAACUUGGACUUGUGCUGGGUGGGCCGCUCCGUUUGCGUUGAGAACUGUCUGAGCCUCCAAGCAAGCAACUUCUUCAAGCAGGGCAGCGUUUUCAAGUAUGAGUCGGAAGUAGAAGACGAGGAGUUCUAUGUUUUGAGCCUUGGUUUUCGCAGAUGGGCCGCAGCUGGAUAUCCCUUGGAGCGAGUGUCAGUCGAGGGCAAG